UCCACCACGAGCUUCCAGUACAUCACCCAACCAUGCAGGCCCUACUGCUCUUCACUGUAGUGUCGCUAGCGGCGAUGGCAGCGAGUGAAGCACCCUCCACCAACUACGGAGCGCCCCUCCGCCAGUCUCAGCGUCUCCAGACUCAGCCGCAGCAACAGCCACAGGCAUUCGCCCAGUCACAGGCUCAGCCGGCAUUCGCGGCUCCACAGUCCUUCUCUGGAUUCUCUGCGGCCGUCUUCCGGCCGCAGUUCUUCAUUCCGCAGCAGGACUCGUCCCGUCUGACGGACAUCUACCGCCUGCCUAGCUUCACUACUGUCGCCCCCACCACGACUGAGGCUGCCACAACCACUACUGAGGCCCCCACCACUACUGUGUCAGCUCCUUACAACUACGAGAACGCAGCACUCCGUGAGGCGGAGGAGAGCGGCGUGUACUACGUGCUGCAGCCAGACGGCCGCCUGCAGCGCAUCGCCUACGCCCACGGUCCCGCCCCAGUCUCCGCCGCCCCCCAGCAGCAGCGCGCCGCCUCCAGUGAACUGUCUACCCUGCAGCAGCCAGCGCUCACCCCCGGCUACCUGGCGCGCUUCCAGUACCAGGACCUGCAUCCUGCCGACGCUCCCAUCUACUCUUACAAACAACCAGAGCUUGUGCGCAUCAACUAGGUUACUUGCCUGUACCGCGAUCCCACGACAAACCAUUGCCAUCAGUAUCAUAAUUAUGAUGAUUAAACCACUUGGCAGCAAUGCACAAUGUUUUUAUAUUUUACGUC